AUGAGCAAAAAAGUUUAAACAAAGAAGAAAUAGUAAACUGAUAAUAGUAGCGAUUCUGAUUCUGAAGAUGAUCAAUUAGAAAUGAAGCAAAUUAAUUUAUCAAGCGUAAGGGAUAUAUUCAGAACUUUUUGGAAUAGCUACAAGAAAAAUACUCCUUCCAAAAUCAAAUUAAUGGAUGCAUUUGUGGUCUAUUGCAUUAUGAUUAUCUGCAUUUAAUUUUUUUACUAUUUUGUUGUUGGUAACUUCCCUUAAAAUUCAUUAAUUAUUGGUAUUUUUGCACCCCUUGGAUCAGCUACUUUCACAGUUUGCUUAAGAUAAUAAAUCAGUUAGAAGACUAGAUAUAUGAACUAAUCAAGCGAUAGGAGCUUCUGGGAAUACUUUUUGUCAAUGUAUAUAAUGUUCCUAGCUUGCAUUAACUAUUUGGGUUGA